AUGGGUAUCAUCAACAAGAUUGAGCACAAGGUCGAGGAGAGGAUGCACAAGAAGGAUCACCACCAGCCACAACAAGGAGGUAUGGGCCAGCCUCCGAUGCAGGGUGGCCAGCAGGGCUACGGCGGUGGUCCCGGAAUGCAGCAAGGUGGUGGAUUCGGCGGCGGCCCGGGUGGUCAGCAGGGCGGACACCACGGAGGCGGUCCCGGUGGAAUGGGUGGUGGCAUGGGUGGAGGUCCUGGCGGACACCAAGGCGGUGGCAUGGGUGGCGGCCCCGGAGGCCCUGGCGGACACCACGGAGGUGGCCCUGGCGGCCCCGGCGGUCCUGGUGGACGUGGAGGUCACGGUGGAUUUUAA